UUUUUUUUUUUUUUUUUUUUUUUUUUUAGUAGAGAUGGGGUUUCACCACAUUGGCCAGGCUGGUCUCGAACUCCUGACCUGAGGUGAUCCGCCCGCCUCGGCCUCCCAAAGUGCUGGGAUUACAGGCAUGAGCCACCGUGCCCGGCCUUUUACAGAUAAUUUUAAGUCAAACUUUGCAUAGUUUUCCAAGUUGAGUUAAAAUUCUCUGAAAAUAAUUUAUCUAUCAUUUACCAAAUGUAAUACUGAAAAUAUGUGAAAGAUACUGAUUCACAGAUUCAACAAACCCAAAGAAUCCCAAGCAUCAUAAAUACGAAGAAAUACUCAACUAGGUUCAUCUUAGUGAAGUUGUCAAAAAUAGAGAUCAUAAAAUUAGCAUAGAAAGCAGCAAAAAUUAGAUACUUUCUCGUCCAUGUGGUAAUGUAUUAGAACUUAAUUCCUUUUUAUGGCUGAAUAAUACUCCAUCGUAUGUAUAUACUACAUUUUGUUUAUCCAUUCAUCUGUUUUUUGGACACUUGGAUUGUUUCCAUUUUUGGCUAUGUGAAUAAUGCCACUCUGAAAAUUCAUGUACAAGUAUCUGCUUUCAGUUUCUUUUGAAAACCUGCUUAUUUUUGACAUAUCUUUUGUUUAUAAGCACAAAUCUAUUUAGAAUAAAGCCAGUGGAUAUUUUAUUUCCACAAUCCUUUCAUAAAUACUGUAAGCUCUUACUCUGAGCCAUCAAUAGUUACCAAGAGCACUAUAUAAUAAUCAGAAGCAGCAGCCAGCAGUUAUCUACUGACAAACUCGUUUUUUAUUUUAUUUUAUUUUUUGAGACGGAAUCUGGCCCGUCUUCCAGGCUGGAGUGCAAUGGCAUGAUCUUGGCUCACCGCAACCUCCGCCUCCCGAGUUCAAAUUAUUCUCCUGCCUCAGCCUUCCGAGUGGCUGGGAUUACAGGUGCCCACCACCACACCCAGCUAAUUUUUGUAUUCUUAGUAGAGAUGGGGUUUCACCAUAUUGGUCAGGCUGGUCUCAAACUCCUGACCUCGUGAUCUGCCCUCCUCGGCCUCCCACAGUGCUGGGAUUACAGGCAUGAGCCACCGCGCCAGCCCAAACUUGUUUUUAAUUUGCCAAAAACCCUGUGACAUUUAUAUAUUGACAAAAAUUCUCUUCCUGAUCAAAUUUUACUCAGGCUCUCCUGAACCCUUUUCAACUAGGCCUGACUUUUGGACUUCCACAUUCAUCUCUGCACCAUUCAGUUUUAGCAAGAAUCCUGUGAAGCAAGUUUAGCCAGAACCCCCCAUCCAUGACAUGUGAUCCCCCAACCAUCCUCCAGGUGAUGCCUAGUUACCGUGACCUGCCUUCAACUAGAAUCCUCUUAGGUCAAUUUAUCCAGAAUCUCUCCUCACAUCUGAUGUUUUCUUUUAGUAAUUUGUCAUCCACUGACCCCACCGUGCUCCUUAGCUACCACUUCCCACUUGCGCAUGUCAUGUUCAGAUUGAGUCCAAUCAUUCUCCAUUGUAGUGGUUCCUAUAGCUAUUAGCAUGGCCCCUCUUGAAAAAAGUCUUCCUUACUAUGCUUUAACAAGUGUCAAAAAUAAUUUUUCUGUGUGUAUUUUAAUAUGUUAUUUCUCCCUUGGGCCAACAUAACUAGGAAGAAAACUUCAAAUAAUGCUUAAGAGAAGUUUAUACUACCCUUUGGUCUUUAAAAUUUUCAUUUCUGGAUAAACUUAGUUUUAUCUCAGGGAAGUGCUGUCCUUCCUCUAGCUCUAGGAUCAAAAUUACUGUAGUAGGCUCAAUAAAGUUUUUCAAAGACAUCAGGUCCUAGUCUCUAGAACCCCUAAAUGUUAACCGUAUUUGGAAAAAGGGUCUUUGCAGAUGUGAUUAAAGAUUUUGAGAUAGGGAGGUUAUAAAAGUAAGCCCUAAAUAUGAUCAUAAAUGUCCUAAUAAGAGGGAAACAGGAGCUUUGCCAUAGGCAGAGGAGAAGGCAGUAUGACCAUAGAGGCAGAGACUGAAGUGAUGAAGUCAGAAUGCCUGCAGCCCCAAGGCUGGAAAAGGCAAGGAACAGAUUCUGAAGGAAGCACGGCUCUGCCAACACUUUGAUUUUGGUCCGGUGAUACUGAUUUUGAAUUUCUGGCUUCCAGAAUUAUAAGAGAAUAAAUUUCUGUUGUUUGUAGUCACCAGGUUAGUGGUAAUUUGUUACAGUUGCCACAGGAAACGAAUAUAAUUACUUACCAAAAUAUUUUUUAAAUUACAAAAGUAAUUUUCUACUAAAGAGAAUAGUUUGUGGCCAUAUUAUUGUGAUUAGCACUUAACGAAUUUCCAAUAGGGUUCAGAAUCAUAGUAUGAGAUUUUAUUGAUGCUCAGAAAGAAAAUUCUUCCUCAUUUGUGAGGCUAGAUAACUUUUUCAGGGCAUUUCACCUAGUCCAUAAUGGUUCAAAAUAAAGUAAUGAUUUAACCUGUUUGACUUUAGGUUUUGUGGUUCAAGAAUUAAGUUAGUUGAAAGACAUAAUAAAGCCUUUCUGUUUUCCAGAAUGAGGAUUAUCGAAAGUAAUUCCUCGAAGAUUCAAUCUCAAAUAGAUCACAUCAAGCAGUGUAGGGCAGAGUAUGACACAAAAGAAGUAAAAUAUUGUACUUUCUCCAAAGAUCCUUCAAAACCUAUUCCAGGCAUGACUCUUCAAGAAUCCAUGAAUCUAGAUGCUCUCACUAAAUACAUGAAACAUCUUGAAGAUAAAUAUGCAGAAAUUAAACAAGCUAUGUUGAUAAAAUAUGUGCCAGCUCAGAGGAAGGCUGAUUUAGAUGAAGAAAUGAUUGUGUUAUUAAAACGGCGAGAUGUAGCUGAAAAUCUGAACAAAAAAUUACAGUUUUGCCAUCAAAGACUGCAGAUAAUUUCACAGGCACUUACUUCAUGGGUAAAAUCUGAUAUGAGUAGCCCAUUUCAAGACUUUGUGGAGCAAAUUCAGAAAACCAAAUAUUUACAAGGUGACCAAGGCAUUGUUGAAGAACUAAUGGAAGAUGAUCCACGCAGGGCAAAAGAAGCUGAAAUUAUGCUUCACUACAUUGAAAGAUUUAAUGAGUUAAUCUCACUUGGUGAAUAUGAAAAGGCAGCUUGUUAUGCAGCAAACAGUCCUAGAAGAAUUCUUCGAAACAUUGGUACAAUGAAUACAUUUAAGGCUGUUGGAAAAAUUAGAGGAAAGCCUCUUCCAUUACUCUUAUUUUUUGAGGCCCUCUUUAUCACAAGUCAUGCUUUUCCAUGUCCUGUUGAUGCAGCUCUAACCCUGGAAGGAAUCAAAUGUGGAUUAUCGGAAAAACGGUUAGAUUUAGUUACCAAUUGGGUUACACAGGAAAGACUGACAUUUUCUGAGGAGGCUGGGGAUGUGAUUUGUGAUUAUGGGGAGCAGGAUACUUAUAACAAGGCCAAGUGCCUGGCUUUAGCUCAGAUUAUCUACAGUGAAUGUGGCUUGCACAAGAAAGCUAUUCUUUGCUUGUGUAAACAGGGUCAGACUCAUAGCGUCAUGGAGUACAUACAGCAGUUGAAGGACUUUACUACCGAUGACCUGUUGCAGCUAUUAAUGUCAUGUCCCCAAGUUGAAUUAAUUCAGUGUCUCACUAAAGAGUUGAAUGAGAAACAACCAUCUUUAUCUUUUGGUCUUGCUAUACUUCAUCUGUUCUCUGUAGACAUGAAAAAAGUUGGCAUUAAGCUACUUCAAGAAAUCAAUAAAGGUGGGAUAGAUGCAGUAGAAAGUCUUAUGAUAAAUGAUUCCUUUUGCUCCAUAGAAAAGUGGCAAGAAGUGGCAAAUAUAUGUUCACAGAAUGGCUUUGACAAAUUAUCUAAUGACAUCACGUCUAUUCUUCGAUCUCAGGCUGCAGUUACAGAAAUUUCUGAAGAGGAUGACGCAGUCAACCUAAUGGAACAUGUGUUUUGGUAGUUCUAUAUCUUAACCAGCUGAGGGAGCUUGUACAACACCUUAUGUAUGCUGGUUGGGCAAACUGAUUUUAACGUAACUAACUUAUAAAUAAAUCUAGAGUAAGAAGAUCUCAGAAAUAAAUCACACUUUUGUUAUGAUGA